GAUAGCUGAAAUAUUUUACUUCAACGAGUUCCAGUGUUUAUUGUUGAAGACGUUUUCCUUAAUUCUUUUGUUUACAUUACUAUUGAUUUUCAUUUCUUGGAGGGUGUACGGCAAUCGUAUAUCCGAACGGUUUAUGAGGCCGGCCACAUCAGCUACAAUAGAACAACUGAAAGAAAGUGUAUCAAAGUUAAAAUUGCCAAAAGAACACACGCCUAGAAUAUAACAAUGGCUGACAAAAUAAAGAAGUUUUUUCAAAAGAAAAAAAUUGAUGCUAAGUUCAAGUUAGCUGGACCCGGGCAUAAAUUAACUGAAUCAUCUCAAUCAAGCCAGUCUUCUUUUUAUAAAAAAGAAGUUCCUACAGUAAAAAGAUCAGGGCUGUCAGAGGAAAGUAAAGUAGCAGCCGAUGCUGCAUUGGCAAGAUUACAACAAAAAAGAGACAACCCUUCCUUUAACACAUCUUUGGCUGCUAUAAAGGCUCAAGUGAAGAAAGAAUUGGAGAAUGAAGUAGCAUCUUCUUCAAAAGAACCAAUUCAAGUGAAAGAAACUACUGAAGGAAAUGUAGACGUUCCUAAAAACUUGGCCGCGUCUGGUGUAUACUUUAAAUGUCCUAUAAUAAGCAAUGAUAUUCUGUCUCGGGAUGAAUGGAAGAAAAAUAUUAAGACUUUUUUGUAUGAACAAUUGGAAGAAGAAAGAGGUCUUACUGCAUGUCUUAUAAUACAGUCCUGUAAUAGCAAUAGAGAGAAGGUUGAUAUAUGCGUGGAAACUCUAUGCAAGUAUUUAGAAAAUAUUGUGACACAUCCCGAUGAUGAAAAGUAUCAGAAGAUUCGAAUGAGCAACAGAGCAUUUUGCGAAAGAGUCCAACCCAUUGAAGGCUCGAUGGAAUUAUUAUUGGCAGCGGGUUUCAUGCAAGAAAAACUUUUGAAUAAUGAAGGCAAUGAAGAAAAUUUUUUAGUUUUUAAAAAGGAAAAUAUUCCUUCAGUUGAAAGCUUGACUAUGUUGAUAGAUGCUCUACGUACAUCGGAACCGAUUCCAUUGGAACUUGACAGGAAUCUCCAAGUAUUGUUACCUUCUCAAGCAGCCAAUAAAGUACAAUUACCGAGUUCAUUCUACGCGCUUAGUCCAGAAGAAAUUAAGAGAGAACAACAAUUGAGAACCGAAGCCAUGGAAAGAAGUCAAAUGCUACGAACUAAAGCGAUGAGGGAAAAGGACGAAUUACGUGAAAUGAGAAAAUAUAAAUUUGCGAUUAUAAGAGUGCGUUUCCCUGACGGAAUAUUGUUGCAAGGCACAUUUUCGGUGUACGAGCGUUAUAGUGAAAUACAUGAAUUCGUUCAAGAAAAUUUGGAACACAACGGCCUUCCGUUUAUACUGAACACUCCAACCGGCCACAAGAUAAUAUAUGAAGAAGAUGCGAAUAAAACUCUUAUAGAUCUAAGACUUGUACCAACAACAAUGCUCACAUUCGCCUGGCACAGUUCAGUCAUAGACGAAAUCAAUAACAGUCCUAAUAAGGACGUUUAUUUGAAACCGGAAGUCAUGGUCCUCGUACAAGAAAUUUGACUAUAUUCAAAGCAAAUUUAACAUGAAAAUUAACGAAUAAAAAAAAUUUAUGUUCCAAUAUUAUUUUAAUAAGAUUUUUAUAUGCUUUAAGACUGCCUUCAAUAAAAUAACUGUUUAAAAUGUCACUUAAUAUAUACACAUCUAGCUUGUUAGUAAGAAAUGCCUUCACAAUGAGACUCAUAUUAGCAAUAAUAAUGUUUCUGGCAACAAAUUUUAUAUGAACAAUGAGGGAAAAUUAAAUAAAUGUACAAUGAAAAUUGUUACAGAGUUUAUAAGUAACUACAAUAACCAGGUCGAUAGAUAAUAUAACGGCCAUUGUUGAUGUUAUAUGAUAAAUUUAAAUAAACUUUAAAAAAAAAACGUCAAAUAACCCGCUUAUGGUAAUUGUGAUAUUGAAACAAUAAACUAGAUUUUUAGCUGAUUAUUAGUGACACAUUUUUAUUAGAGAAUAUGUUUUUUUAUUAAUAAAGCACAACAAUUCUUUCUCACACAUUUUGCUUUUCAAAUAUUAUUAUGUACUUUUUUUUUAUUUAAAAAUAUUCACGUUUUUUCUAAUGUUCAUUAGAUUACUUCGAUAUUAUUAAUAGUAACAUUCACAGCAAUACAAUACAAUAUAAUACAAGCCUUAGGAAAUGUUCAAAACGGCUUUACGAAGCUAUUUUUGACAUAUAUAAACAAUAUAAUUUUUGUAUUUGCCGUAAGUUAUUUAUAUUUUUAUGUAUAUGCGGUUAAUGUAAUAAAUUUAACAAUGUUAAAAA